AUGGCAACUAUUGCAAGUCUGAAGCGAAUUUCGCCCCAGAAGCUAGCAGAGCUACUGCUUGCAGCGUCGGCCAGCCCCAAACUGGCCGUCGUCGACGUCAGAGACGAUGGUGACAAAUCCCCCCUUGCUCUCUCCUGCGCCUUCCAGCCCACGAAGCUCCGUACUGACGUCCGCUUGUGCACCUGCUAUGCAGAUUACAUCGGCGGACACAUCCGCGGCGCCCACCAUUUCCCAUCGAGUAGCCUUGACGCUACAUGGCCAACACUCCUGCGCCGCCUCCAGGACGCCGACACGGUCGUCUUCCACUGUGCGUUAUCACAACAGCGCGGACCUGGUGCGGCACUGCGGUACCUGCGAGAGCAAGGGCAGACAGGCGGGGUGCCGGGCCAGACCAUCUACGUGCUAGAUCGCGGCUUCACCGGCUGGCAGGAGGUGUACGGCGACGAUGAGCGGCUGACCGAAGGCUUCCGCAAGGAGCUCUGGCGGGAGCUCUCGUGGAGCUGA